CCAGGGGGGGAGUGUAUAAAUAUUCCAGUUUUAUUAUCAGUUAACUGUGGUACUUCAUGUAUCAAGUGAUAUCUCAAUCCAGAAUGGAUGACCAGACAAGUACCAGUGCCACUCUCAGUAUUGCCAAGCAACAGUUUGUCUCGCUGUUAUCCAGCUUGCCACCAGCUGAAAGCAAGGAUUUUCUAGAUUGGAUAAUCGAACAACACUCUUUGCUAAGGAGCGAUGAAACAAUGCCACAUGAUUCCCAUAAAAAUUGUUUAUCCAAUGCAUAUCAACAUUGUGUAUCUGGAGAGGAAACAUUGCAGGCCAUUAUUGAAGAUCUCCGUGGAAGAUUACCUCUGAGUGGUAUCUGUAGUUCAGAAACCAUGUUUAAGCCAGAAAUCGGUCAGAACUCAGACUGUAAUCCAGCCACAACAGCAGUGAUUGAUUCAUUUCUAUAUGAUGAUGAUGAUAUUGACCUGCUAUGUGCAAACAAUCAGUUCAGUAGAAAUUAUUGUAGAGAAUGUGGAUCACACAAUACAAAUCCUUUAACAUUAAUUUCUCAUUCCAUGUCCACUAUACAAAUGAAAUACAUCUUCAAAACAGUGCUACCAAGAUUAUCAGCAGAUUAUACCAAUGCAACAAUAAUAGACAUUGGCUCAAGAUUAGGCGCUGUACUCUAUUAUGCUUAUUAUUUUAGCAAAUUCAAGAGAAUUGUUGGAAUUGAAAUGAACACAGAACUUUGCCAAAUCCAAAAUGAAGUCAUUCAAAAAUAUGGACUUGGAAACCGUAUUGAGACUGUUUGUAGCGAUGUGUGUAAUGUUGGUGAACUUUUGCAUCAAGCGGAUGUAAUUUUGUUGAACAAUACCUUUGAGUUCUUUCUACAAAGAAGUGUCCAGAUAAGCACUUGGAAAAACAUAAGACAAAAUAUUUGUAAGCCAGGAUGUUUAUUGAUUGCUGUCCCAAGCUUGGAGGAAUCAAUAUGUAUAGGAGAUGGAAGACAGCCAAUAUUGGACCUACAAAGUUGGGUUAUUCCACUAAAUGUGGAUGCAGGUGAACUGGCAAUAGAUUAUUCAGUAGAUGAUAUUGAUGAACUCAAUGGAAUACAUUUUUACAAAGUAAAAUAAACAUUCAUGGGAUUGAAAACAAUAUUUUUUUCUGGAGGAACAUUUUUUACAAUGGCCAAAAAAAUAAAUAAC